AUGGCAGCCGUUGUUCUUAUGGCAAUCGUUGUAUUGCCAAUGAUGGGCUACCAGAAAUAUCGGAAGCACAAAGCUCGCAAGGCUAUGAAGAAGGAGUUGGGGGCGCAGCCGGAACCACCAGGGGGACAUCAAGCAUUAUGGGAACAAUUCGGAGAUCACCCGCCUUCAUAUGAUGAUGCAGUCGGCUCUCAUCCGUCUCCGCCAUAUUCAUCGAAUAGACCACCGGGAUAUGUCCAGCGGACUUCCGGCAAUCGCGGGCUGCCAGUUGGGCAUCUCCCUGGUCCAUAUUUAUCUCCGACUGCUGUGGCUUUAUAG